AGUUUCAAGCUAAAUUGACUCAUCAAAACUUGAAAUCUUGACUUCAAGUUUCCUCUCUCCACAGAGGCUGGAUGUUUUUAUUUUAGAUUACCAGCACGUUUGUAGUUGAGGAACACCAGUAGAUGCUCCAAACUGGAGCAGAAAACAGAGUUUGGGAAGAUUUUAGUGGGUCAGAGAACAUCUGUAGAGUGAGGUGGAUGCACUUGGUCUUUGAGAGGACAAAACGGGUUAGGUUGGAGCUGCAGCAUCAUCUGGAAGUGUUGUAAUAUAUAGAUAAUGGUUUACACUAAACUGAACACUGUUUUUUUAAAUACACUAAACAAGUACAGCAAAUUAGGGUAUUUUCCAACUAAUCUAUUUUUAAACAGUCGUCAACUUCGUCUUUAUUGAGCAGUAGUUUGUUCCUUCAAAUGAAGGGAUAUUUGCAGCACCUGCGCCCAAGCAAGAGGAAGUCGGUUGCUGCGUUUCGAGAUAGUCGGCGCCUAUAGGUAUUUUGGAUACCAAACACUGUUCCCUUUAGCACCCACAGAACAAGACACCACCAAGUGAAACAGAAAACAUUGGCCACACGGUUUAACGCAUGUCAUAUCGGUUUGAAUGUGCGGCCCGAUCACAUUGGCAAACCUAACUCUGAUAGGUUUAGAUUAGAUCAGACGGCUUCCCUUGUAAAGUACUGCGGGAAGUGGCGCUUGCGAUCACUGCGGCAUCUGAACAACGUUAGAAGCAAAGAGGAACCGCGGUCCUGUCAUUCUCGUGCAUUUAUAUUCAUUAGUAAUGUGACACAUUUAUCUGCGGCCGUGGGACGCACGCACUUGGGAGGGUUCGGGGAAAGAAGUGCAAAAGUCGAGCAACUUUGAAAUGCAACACUUCCAACUCGGUUACCAAGACAUUCUUGUCGAAGACAGAAGAGCUGACGAAGGGUGAAGAUGUCAUUGAAUGUGUCCUCCUGCCCAGAGGAGCAUUGGAGCAGUGAGCUGUCUCUUUAUGCUGUUGUGUACGGAAUAAUCGUCAUUCCUGGGAUCUUUGCGAAUAGCGUGGCUUUAUGGGUUUUAAUUGGGAACAUCAAGAAGGAGAAGAAGGCAGUGAUAUUCAUGAUCAACCUUGCCUUGGCUGAUCUGGCUCACAUGUUGACCUUGCCCUUGAGGAUCUUUUAUUAUGUAACUCACACCUGGCCUUUUGGAAAAUUUAUGUGCUUGUUCUGUUUCUACCUAAAGUUUGUAAACAUGUACGCUAGCAUCUUAUUUUUAGUUUGCAUCAGCAUCCAACGCUGUGUAUUUUUGAUCAGUCCAUUCAAGUACAGCACCUGGAGACGCAGGUAUGAUGUGGCGUUCAGUGUUAUCGGAUGGGUGGUUGUCACAUUGAUGUGCCUGCCAUUCCCCAUCAUGCGUAACACAGGCACAUUCAACAGCUCGCUCUGCUUUGCUGAUCUCCCCAUGAAGCAAGUCAAGCUGGCAUCUUCUAUACUGAUGCUCACAGCGGCCGAGCUCCUGGGCUUCCUGGGGCCAAUUAUCAUCAUUGCUGUGUGCACCUGGAAAACUGUAGCAUCCUUGAGAGUGUCGUCAGCAUUGCCCAAGGAUCAUGGUGGAAAGCGGGCUCUGAACUUGCUCCUGAUGUGUGCGGCAGUCUUCCUGAUUUGCUUUGCCCCCUAUCAUAUACUGUUCCUGCUCAACCAGUUGAGACAGUUGAACUACAUCACAGAUUGCUCCGUGAGGAAGAACAUCGUCAUUCUGCAUUCACUGUCACUCUGUGUGGCAAGCCUGAACGCCUGCUUGGACCCAAUCAUCUAUUACUUUGUCACCAGCGAGUUCAGAGAGCAGCUCUCACGGACGAGCAGCUUCCUCGUGCGGAGUCGCCACUUGAGCAGGGAGAGCACGACCAGUCGCUAACCUCCGGAGCACUCAGACAACUGUGUUAAGUGUGUGUCUUGGGUUUUUUUGUAAUGUAAAAACUGUAGGAAACGGAAUUUCGUUCAAACCAAGUUGUUUGAAUGACAAUAAAAGGCAUUCUAUACUUUUCUAUUCUAGUUAAAAGAUCAGGGUUUACUCUUGUACUGGUGGGUUUACCCUUGUUCCCUGCCAUGUCUCAUUACACAAUGCCAGCGGGUUUUUCACAUGUUAUUGAGGCAAAAACCGAUGUAAUACCCCGCCUCAUAGAUUGAACAAAGAAUGCAUUAUAAUUUCCACCCUAUGUGAAAAUAGAUAGCAGCAGUCAGUUUAAGCUGCUUGGAGUGCUGUAAUAGCUAGGUAGAAAAAGAUUUCUCGUUUUCGAUACACACUUUAUUUUUGUAGUGUCUCACUGCUAAGCAAAGAGUCAGUAUGAUUUUUCUGCAUUUACUGUAAGGUCCAAAUGUAAUUGCAGCUUUCAUUCAAAGACAUGGAACGUGAUCUGUUGCAUCAGCAAUACAAUGCCAGAUGCAGUUCGCUAAAAGCACACAACCCACACAAUGAAGUCUCCACUCAUUCUGACAGGCAAUGUAUUGACAGAUCAAGCAGUACUAAUCAUUUCUAACAAUUGUACUGGUGGGUUUUUUCUGAGUAUUACCUGUAGCUGCAAGUUUUCUACUACUAUUCAUAGUCAUCUAUUGCUGGUGACAUUCACAGGAGAUCAGUUUGAGAUAUUUGCAAUUAUGUCAGGGCAGGAGAAUGGGGUUGGCAGAGUGGAUAGCUUAACCAAGAUUGAAUGGCGGAGUAGACUAGGCCGAAUUGCCUAAUUCUGCUCUUAUAUUAUAGGAAAGACAUUGUCAAGAUUGAAACGAUUCAGAAAAGAUUUACGGGGAUGUUGCCAGGACUAGAGGGUCUGAGCUAAAGGGCGAGGUUGAGUAGGCUGGGUCUCUAAUCCAUGGAGCGCAGGAGGAUGAGGGGAGAUCUUUUGAGGUUUACAAAAUCAUGAGAGGAAUAGAUCGGGUAGAUACAGAGAGUCUUUUGGCCAGAGUAGGGGAAUCGAGGACCAGAGGACAUAGGUUCAAGGUAAAGGGGAAAAGAUUUAAUAGGAAUCCGAGGGUAACUUUUUCACACAGGUGGGCGUAUGGAGCAAGCUGGCAUAGGAGGUCGUUGAGGCUGGGACUAUCCCAUUGUUUAAGAAACAAUUAGACAGGUACAUAGAUAGGACAGGUUUGGAGGGAAAUGGGCGAAGCUCAUGCAAGUGGGACUCGUGUAGCUGGGACAUUGUUGGCCGGUGUGGGCGAGUUGGGCCGAAGGGCCUGUUUCCACACUGCAUCACUCUAUGACUCUAUCACAUAUGAUCUUAUUCAAUGUGAACUACUAUUUGCUCCACGCUGUGCGUGCAGGAUUAGCGUUGUUGAUAACUUGAUAGCUGCACAUUUCUUGCCAAUGGUUUGGUAAUUUCCUGUUGUUAUUUUGCACCCAGCAAUUGAAGCACUGUGCAUCCGAUUAAUGAAAUAGAUAUAUUGUAUUUGCAAAAUGAAGCAAACAAGAUUCCAGCUGAGCUUGAAUAUCAAGAAUAUUACCAUAUAAUAAAAAGUCAGAAUCCUAUUUCCAUCAUUUGAAUUGCAAAAUUAUAUGUAUGGCAUGUCUCACUCUAAGUCACCACAUGGCCACACAAACAAAAGGAACAUGGGGACCAAGGAAAUUAUUCAGUUGUAGUGAUUAGGGUAUUUCCACAGCUGCCAUCCACCGGAAAAAAAAUGCUCAAUAAAGCUGCGUGAUUGUCAGAACGAAACAAAUUAUUUUAUUUAUGGACUAAUGAAGUAGAGUUCGGAAUAUGCUAUUCCGACCAUAAAGGGCCUGACCCACUUUCACGACCUAAUUCACAACCUUUUUUACUCGUGGACAUUUUUCAUCAGGCUAGAAAAACGGCCUGACCUACUUGAUGCCACGAGUACCUACGACUAGUAUCACAACCUACCUACGACCUCGUGACGACCAUGCUGCGAGUAUGUGUCAAGGGCAAACUCGGCAGAGGUCGUGAAUUAGGUCGUGAAAGUAGGACAGACCCUUAACACCUGGAGCUCAUAUUGUUGUCCAUGCUGAAUUCUCAGUAAGAUUUGCUCAGUAUUUCGGCCAGUUUCUAUGCAGCAGCCCAACCAGACAUAGGUAAUGGUUUCCAUUCAGAAAGCUUAUUUUGGGGGCCUCUGACCUUAGCUGGAAUUGUAUUAUUUAACAGUAUAUUUACAUACAUCCAUGUAAAAUUUACGAUACAGAGACCAUUAGGUCCAGUUUAGUUUCAUUUAGAAAUACAGAGCAGAAACAGACCCUUCAGCCCACUGGGUCUACGCCGACCAGUGAUCCCCGCGUAUUAACACUACCCUACACCCACUAGGGACAAUAUUUACAUUUACCAAGCCAAUUACAAGUAUGUCUCCAGAGACCUGUACGUCUCUGUAGUGUGGAAAACACCCACGGACGGGGUCAUGGGGAGAACGUACAAAUGCUGUGCAGAGAGCACCCGUAGUCAGGAUUGAACCCGGGUCUCCUGUGCUGCAUUCGCUGUAAGGCAGCAACUCUACCACUGUGUCACCGUGCCACCCUUUGUGCUUGGGUGAUUUUUCCUCCCACACAAUUUAUUUUUGGGUACGUCUUCUAUUCCUUCUCCACCAUCUACAUCAUUUAUCAAGAAUGAGAAGCACACAGGUAGACAGUCAGAACCUUUUUCUCACUGUGAAAACGUCCAACACUAGAAGGCAUAGCUAUAAGGAGAGAUGGGGUGAGAUGAAUGGAGAUGUGGAGGGAAAGUAUUGAACACACAGAGGUGGAGGCCUGGAAUGCAUUUCCAGGGGUGGUGGUGGAGGCAGAUCUGAAAGUAGCAUUUAAGUGGCAUUUAGAUAGGCACAUGGAAGUGGAAGGAAUAAAGGGAUAUGAAUCAUGUACAGGCAGAUGAGAUCAGUUUAAGUUGGCAUCAUGUUUGGUGCAAACAUCGAGGGCCGAAGUGCCCAUUUCAGUGCCUUAUUGUUCUAUCUAUGUCUAUGGACCAUUUCCCAGGAGAUGGAUGUUCUAGACACAAACUGGAGUAACUCAGCGGGAUAGGCAGCAUUUUUUAAUGGCUUUGAGUCAGAUUUUGCAAAUCUUGUCAUCUUUCCAUAUUCCCUACAUGCCUAUUGAGGAAUGGUGUGGAGGGAUAUGAUCCAAACAUGGGCAGGUGGGACAAGAGUAGGUGUCGACAUGGGCAGGUUGGGCAGAAGGGCCUAUUUCUUUGCUGUAUGACUCCAUGCCAAGCAUUUAAACGUAAUACAGUUAGCUGGAGAAAGCGUUGGGAAAAACAGUAACAUUUGAAUAAUUGCAACUCUUCAUUAUUUAUAAUUUGAGGUCAGAGUAAGGCUUUUCAGUAUUUUGCAUUGUGUCAAUUCUUUUGAACGAGAAGACAGAUUAGUCCCAACACCACCCCACGUCCUCGUGCUCUUUGUUAAAAUAUUUAUCCAGUCCCAUUUCAAAAAUCAUAGGGACGGGACCCAACGGGUCCCCAUUGGUCUAGUAUUACUCUAUAAUUUGUUUCCCUGAUUUUUGGUUUCUGAACAAGUCCAAGUAAAAUUUCAAUCAUUUAGGAUUCCUAGAUUUUUUAUGGCAUUGCAGAACCAAAGUUCAUGGUCCCACUUAUUUGCUCUGUUAUAAUCAAACAAAAGACGUUUUUAAUACCUCAGAACCUCCACGAAAGCGAAACACUGCCUUUCUUGCAGAAAAUGGAGCAACAUUCCACAACUAGCAAUCUUGUAAUGAACAAAAAAACUAUUACUGAUGUUAAUUGAGGGAUAAAUAUCACACAGAACACACCAUGCUCUCCACAAAAUAUUUUACACGUAUAAAGGAUAGAGAAGGCUUUGCAAUAACAUUUUAUAUGUAGGAUUAUACUGCUGACAACACGUUUCAACUUCACCUUUACCAAAGUUUCAGCCUAGAUUUUGUGUUUGAAUAUAGUUAUUCAACUAUUUUGAAUAACUAUAGUUGUUAUUCCCUGGACAUGUUUUCCAUAUGUUUAUUGGACAGAUUAAGUAUAAAACAGUAACUGGAGUGUGUUGAAUACUUCAGUCUGUAUCAUGAAAGUUGUUUGCUUUAAU